AUGCUGGCCGCCCAAGAGCAGCUGCAAGGUCGUCCGCGCCGCGUUCUGUCCACGCAGAGCGCGAGCCCUCAGAAUCUUCAAAGAGGGCAGACGUUCCCGAGGCAUCGACUUCAGGCGUCGGUCGCCGUCCCUCAACCCCGAGGAGUUUCGGCGCGAGGUCGUCGGAGGAACGACCUCGGCAGGCGGGACGGAAUCGUCUCCGCCGUCUUCCGAGGACGACGAGGGGCCCGCAGUGUCUGCAUCCAGCGCCGUUCCGCAGAGGCCGAACCCCCGCCAGAAAGAUGUCUGCCGACCCCGGCACGCCAAGCACCCGCACAGCCAUCGCCGGCGGCAUGCCGAGCUCCAGCGCCACCGGCACUGGAGCCUUUGGCAUCAAAGGGACCCGGCACCGGCCAUUGGUACCGGCGUCUUUGGCAUCAAAGGCGAAAGUCUACCUCUCCCAGGGGGGGCAAUCGGAAGUCGACGCAUCGCACACCACCCUGGCUCAAGGACGUCCGUCGCCUCCAAAGGACCACACGGCUCCUCAUUCCACGGCUGUCAUUUGCGCGGGUGGUGAGGGAAAUGCUGCAGGGUUUGGCCCCCAGUCGCUCCGACCGCUACUACAUGCAGGGGCUCGCCUUGCAGGCGCUACAGGAGGCGUCGGAGCUCUUCGUGACAAACUUCUUGUCGGCGAGCUACCUGUGUUCCCUCCACACCAAGAGAAAGAUCCUGAUGAGGAAGGACGUGAUUUUCCUCCAGGACCUCCUCAAGAUAUUUGGCACCAGCCUCGCCACGGACUUGAGAACUUUUCUACGGGUUUUAUUCAUUUAUUUAUUUACCCUCAAGACCUGAGGCACUAUAGAGGAUUAAAUUUCAUAAGACAGUACAACAUUGUGCAGUUAUUAGUAAAGACAAAUAAGAGGCUCCUAAUCAUA